CAGAAAAAAACAUAAGUUGUCAUGAAAUUGCAGUUGGUGUUACGUGCUGUAACAAAACCUUCAUGGGGCAAAGAGGUCAGAAAUGAAAGAUGGGUGAUUUUUCCGACUGAUCACAGAAAGCAUGUUGCAGAGUACAGAAUUGGACAGUUGUACAUGAUAAGCAAGCACAGCCAUGAGCAGAGCGACCGAGGUGAAGGUGUGGAAGUGGUGCAGAAUGAGCCCUAUGAAGAUCCGAAUCAUGGCAAUGGCCAGCUAACAGAAAAACGGGUCUAUCUCAACAGCAAACUACCCAGCUGGGCUAGAGCAGUUGUUCCCAAAAUAUUUUAUGUUACAGAGAAGGCAUGGAAUUAUUAUCCUUAUACAAUCACAGAAUACACAUGUUCAUUUUUGCCUAAAUUCUCCAUUCAUAUAGAGACAAAAUAUGAGGACAACAAAGGAAGCAAUGACAGCAUUUUUGACAAUGAAGCUAAAGAUCUGGAACGAGAAGUCUGCUUUAUUGAUAUUGCCAGUGAUGAAAUUCCUGAGCGCUAUUACAAAGAAUCAGAGGAUCCUAAAUAUUUCAAGUCACAGAAGACUGGGAGAGGCCAAUUAAAAGAAGGCUGGAGAGAGACCCAUCAGCCAAUUAUGUGUUCCUACAAACUUGUGACUGUGAAAUUUGAAGUCUGGGGACUUCAAACCAGAGUAGAACAAUUUGUACAUAAGGUGGUCAGAGAUAUACUAUUGAUUGGUCACCGGCAGGCUUUUGCCUGGGUUGAUGAGUGGUAUGAUAUGACUAUGGAUGAUGUUCGAGAAUACGAGAAAAAUAUGCAUGAAAAAACCAACAUUAAAGUUUGCAACCAACAUUCAUCUACUGUGGAUGAAAUAGAGAGCCAUGCCAAAGCAAGAACAUGACAAUGGAUGAAGUCCGAGAGUUUGAACGAGCAACUCAGGAAGCUACCAACAAGAAAAUUGGGAUUUUUCCACCUGCAAUAGCUAUCUCUAACAUUUCCAUGCCUUCUUCAACCCGCAGUGCUCCAUCUAGUGCUCCAUCAACUCCUCUCUCCACAGAUGCUCCCGAAUUCCUAACAGUUCCCAAAGACCGGCCUCGAAAAAAGUCUGCUCCAGAAACCCUCACUCUUCCAGAUCCAGAGAAGAAAAAACUUUAAAUUAACCCAGCGUGAUUCCUCCUGAUAAGCCAUGUCUACCACAGCAAGAGUAACAUAAUACAGUUUCUAGAAAGGUCAUGGUGGUUGGUUGGUGUUUCUUGGAUUUCUUUUUGUUCUUUUGUUUUGUUUUGUUUUGUUUUGUUUUGCUUCGGAUAAUCUCAGUGUUGUGGAAAGAUUGCUUCUUUCCUCAGGCUUGAUCCUUAAAACCUUCAGAGAAGUGCAUGCAAGAGAAUGUAAUUUAUAUAUUCCUAAAGCAGUGUUCCAAGCCAUAUGGUGCAUCUUACUGACCUACAAUGAAAUAGUCUGAGGAGAACCCUAUAAAAGAAAAUAAAUCUUUCUGUAGCAGUAUCUCUACGUGGAAAUCCACAUCUAGGUCAUAGCAUUUAUAAUUAGGAAUAGAUAUUCAGUAAAGCUGCCAAGGACUUCUGAGGCAAAUUUGUGCCAAGCAGAAUGCAGGGUUAACUGGAUAAAAAGCUCCAAUUUUCUUCUUUUAUAACUGAUUUUAAAAUCCAUCCUACUCUUAGGCUUUUCAUGUAUGUUCAUAAACCUUUGACCUGCAACUCAUUGUACUUGAACGCCAACAGCAAUCACUCAGAUUCAUAUUUUGCUUAAUAUGACUCAGGAUUUGGGGCCUAGCUAACAAACAUGAAACUUUUCAAACCUAAAAUAUCACUGUAUUGAAGCCCCAAUUGUAAUUAAUUAUACUGACUUUGAGGCCAUUGAACUAUUUCUAUCUUGCACAGAAUUUGUAAAAGAAACCACCUAUUUCUUGUAGAUAAUGUAUUUUAAUAGCUUUCUUUUUGUGAUCUCUUAAGUUCAUAUUGGUGUUCCAAUGAUGUUCCAUGUACAAGAUUGAAAAAAAAAAAAAAAGCAGCUAAAUUGAGCCAGUUGAGAGGGAAAACCAAUGAAUUUUGUCUUGUCCUCACUGAAAGAAGAGUGGUAGUUACCCUGUAAGACCUUGAAUGUAAAGGAAGGAAAAUAUGAGACUACUUUUUCUUUCCUGGCUCUCACCAUUCCUAAACAGCACAAUCUCUACUAACAGAAAGCUAGUUUCAGGCUUUACCACCGCCUCUAGGGAAGGAGUGAAUAAAAUCAGUCACUUGCAAAAGCGAAUGAAUCGUGGGGCUGCUCAGUCGCAUGUAGGGUGACAAUAAGGAAACAGAAGUGCUCCUCCUGGUCUGCACGUGAAAUCACUCUUCAAUCUCAGGAAUCAAAAUGUAGAAUGAAUGCUUCCCAGAAGGGAAGUGUAGAUUGAGGGGGGAAGAGAAAAAUGAAUUGCAAAAGUGUUCUCUUCCUUCCUUCUUUACUUUUCAAAAUGUAAACUCAGUGAGAAACUUUCCCUCUGACCCCCAUUUGGGGUACUUUGUUCUCUUUCAUACAAAUAGCUAUUUAAUCAAUAUUGUCAGUAUCUAUCAGGAUGGGUAGCUGUAGUAGACAUUAAAUAAGCUGCUGUUCAAUUCCCAGUGAAUGAUAGCUGUUACAUGAAUGAUAUGAUCAAAGUGGGUGAUACUUUGUACCACUGGUGACAUGGUACAUGGAUAAAAAGAAGAGAGUCCUCCAGAGCUGAACGAUCAUUGAACAAUCAGUUUGGGGAUGGCCUUUUACCUGUACAGGACAUUUGUGCCAUCUUCUCAGCACAACGUAAUGAUUGGACUGGCUUAAAUGCACUGAACUUCUCAAUGGCUGUAGAUCCAGUAGAAGUUAUGUUGAAUGUGUGGUAUUUAUAGUGUAGUUUUAGUUGCAGGAGAGGUAAUUCCACUGUCAACCUGCACUGAGAACAAGUGUAUAUUUGAUUGAUAGUUAAAACCCUGUAGCUAGCAAAAUCCAGAAGCUCUUUGUAGGUUAGCUAUGGUCUGACUUCAUGCUUCCUCCCACUUACUGUCCAUGUUUUGCUUUGCAUUUCUUCCCAGAGUUUGUAAUUCUGUGUAGCUAGUAAACUGACAGGUGAUGAUUUUUUGUUUGAAAAAAAAAAAAAAAGCUGCUGUGAUGCUGCAAACAAAACUUUCUUGCAUUAGUUUAUGAUUUCAGCUUUAAGAGUGUGCAAAUUAUGUAAUAAUGAUUAUAACUGGUCUAAUCUUUAUUAUUUAUUUAGUAGCAAGAUUGAGACAUUGGCAGAGAAGGGAAAUCUUUUAAAAGAUAAACUGUUGUUGGUUGUUUUUUAUUUCCUGAAUUUAACUAUGUGGAAAUAGUUUAGGUCUGCUCCACUGAUGGAAGUCUGUUUUUCAAUUAAUUUGUUUUUUGUCAACGAAAAAAUUGCCCAGCUCUAUUUAGUCGUAAUUUCCUUGUGCUUACAUGUUACUGUUUCUAUAGAGGUUUUGGCAUCUGGGUUUGUUACAGAUUACUAGACCAAAGCAGUUAUACCUUUACUCAUGUCUAACUGAUUCAUUUCAAAUCCUGUGUGGAUAGGGUGAUUAUCAUACCAUGUAGGUUUGGGAGGUAAAGCAUGUAUGAAAAUUAUUAACACUCCUGAAGAGGAUACAUCUUAUAGCUGUGUGACAGAUAUGUAGGAGAAAGACACUGCUUGUGUCAUGGAAAAAAUGCCAGACUCAUUAAUGCUGUGUCUCCAUCAGCAUGUGCUGCUGCCAUAGUCCUUCCAUCAGGCAGUGCUGGUCUUGAGAAGUACCAGAUUUAUUGACCAAACAGCCUGAAUUCACUGCUGGCCAAAAUAAGGUUCAUGCUCAUCCACAUUGCCUCCAUGUUGCUUACUAAUGAAGGCAAAUAAAAAAAAAUCUAGAUUUCUUCAUUGCUUUGGAUAAGAAAUAUGCCAGGCUUUUCAUCAUCUAUGUUAGUAACCUCCGCCAUGUUCUACUUUGUUUUCCCCACCAGUCAGUAAUUAACCAAUUUGUCCAUAUGAAGUUUAAAUAACAUUUCUGUUCUUGUGGGAUUUUUUUGGUUUGUUUUUAAUUUUAUGCAGGACAACUUCUGGAAUAUUCCCAGCAAACACAAAAUCACACAAUGUGAAAUGGAAAGGAACGUCGGAAUACUUGGGUAACAUCUUGAGGCAAAGGGGUUGUUUUCAUUACUGAUUUUGUCAGAAUGCUUUCUAUUGUAUUUUCAAGCAUCUUUAUUAGGAGAAAAAUAAUAUUUUGCAGGUAUUCAUCACUUCUUUUGCAAAAAUAAAUGACAUAAUUAGUGAAUACAUCUGUAGAGGGUAUGGUGGUACCCAGCAAAGGUGAAUGGGCACAGCAGCUGUGUAUUCCUAUUCUCUGCCACAGUGGAAGAAGAAUUACACAAUAUAAUUCUGUUAGGACUUCACAAGGAAUUUUUCACCAAGGAGAAUACAGUUCAGAGUAAAUAAUGUGAUUACUUUGUUUGGGCUUCUAUUAAAACCUUUUCCCGGCUUUGCUCAUAUUUUUAUAUAUUUCUUGUAGAACAAUUAUAACAAAAUAACUGGCAAUUGCAAUCUUUAGAAGGGCAGACCUCUUCAUAAAUUAAAAAAGGAGGUACCUGGAAAGACUAUGAGAAGCAGCACAUUCCUGAAACACACACUUAAUGAGAUUUCUUAUGAAUGUAAUUGCUGAUUUUGUAAAUGACUGGAUAAAUCCUGUGGAAAGAAAGUAUUUGACCUUAUUCUUUGACUUUUUUAUUAUUAUUACUAUUAUUCUGGAAGGUGAUUGUGUGACAUCUAGUAGUCAAUUUGCAUUAACUGCUGCUGUAGAGAUUUUGAAAUGGAAAUAUUUGUUCCUUAUUUUGUAACAAGACCGCUACAUUUUGUUAAAACUGCUUUGAAGCUUGCUGCACUAUAACUUCCAAACAAUGUUAUCAUUUGAAAUAAGCCAAAUGUGUAUGCUUUUCAUGAGUUAGUGCAGUAAGAGAGAAUUCAUAAGAGAGAAUUCAUGAUCUUGUCAAUAGGAGCUUUUUUGUUUCCAUUGUUUGGACUUGGUUUUAUAUGUGUAAGUUAAAAUUGCUAAAUAUGUCUAACAAUGUUUUGCUUUAAAUGAACAGCAUGGUCAUUGAAUUACAAUCUCCUGUAGUUUUGUGGUGUCACUUAAACAGAUUUCAUUGUUUUAUUUCAUUUCUGUGAUAAUUCCACAUGACUCUGAAUGUCCAGUAAUUCAUUUCUUUUAUUUAGAGCUCUGAUGGCUACAUUAGGCAAUCCAUUACUACCAUCAAAGAAGGACCAAGUUUUGAACUGCUCUGCAUGUUAAACAAUGCAAGGCUACGCAGGAGAAUUUGAUUGUCGUAUUUUUCAUCCAUUUCAGUUAGUUUUUGAUUUUUCCUAGUUAUUUAUUAUUUUUAAUAUUGUAUUUUUCCUUGCAUUUUGUUGUAAAUAAACUACCAACAAGUAUUCUUUAC